AUGGGUCGUGGGAGAGGGAGAGGACGAGGGCGGCCACGUUUGGUGCCACUGUCAACAAUCAAUUCUACGGCGGUCAUCUCUGAUCAGCAAGCCACGGAAAAGGAAACUAUUGUGGACGAUGCAGUGCGAAAUGACUCAGAGGAAAAUGGAAGUUUGGCGGAGGAGAACGUAGAAAUUGUUCCUGAUACAGAAAAUCUAGGUCAUCAAAGCACUGAAGUAAGAAUGGAGGGGGAAACUAGCCAGACGAAGAAGCUAUGGGUCGACGUCAUCAAUGAGAAUCGUAAUCCGGCAAAGGGUCUCACCAUGGAAUUCGUUGCACCAAAGAUUAUUGAUGGAGAAAUGGAAAUCCAAAUUGAAGAGGAAGAUGUUGAAAAGGAAGUCAAAUUUUGGGAGUCUGCCCUCAUCAUGUAUGCCUUGGGAGUGGACCUCAGCAUGAAUGCGGUGAAACAGUUCAUGAGCAAGAGCUGA